CAUUGUAGAGUGAUUGUCGGUAUGUGGUGGUGUGUGCUGCCGAUGCCGCGUUGUUAGGCCUAAGCAUAAGAUUAAUCGCCUGCGGAACUCGUGCUUGUGUUGUUCCUGCGCCAUCACUGUAAUUCUGGCGUCCGACAGAAUUGUUCGGAGAGCAUUUCCCGCUUGUGGUUAAAUCGCGGCCGUGAGCCAUCGGCGAAGCUUCCGGACCGACGGCCGAACGAUCGAUAAGGACCUAAAUUUGAAGCUCAUUGACCGAAAUCGUUUUAUUCAACUUCGAGUCUGCACACAGGAACGGAGCGUAUAGACCAACUGCACCGUGGAUAUCGUGUCGUGGCUCCUGCUCAACGUUUUCGUGAUCGUGAGCUCGCUGAUCGCGUGAAAUCAAAGCUCCUCGAAUCAGCUCGACCAUCUGAACUCGCACUAUCGUUCUCGACUGCCGCCUCAGGAGGGCUAACAGGUAAACAAUCCAGCUCCUCGGACGGCUCUGCGUAGGGCAGUGAACGAAGUUUGUCCUAGUGAAUCUAGCUCGUCAUCGUAUUCCUCGCGUCUACAACGCCUCCACUGGGCCAUCAGCGAUCAUGGCAUCUGCGGAUGUGCAUCAGAACGGAUCCCCCUCCCCUAGGAGUGACCACGGCGUACCAAGCAGCAACGGGCACGACUCCAUGAAAGAGUCGUCGAGCGCUGACAAGGAGAAUACGAAGAACAGAUCUCGAUCACGUUCUGUUCAAAAAGAUCGGCGUCCUCGCGAAAAGGACCAAAAAGAUAGAGACAGCAAACGCCGCCGUUCGAAGGAACGAAGUAAGAAAUCCAGGUCUCGUUCCAAGUCGAAAGACAGAAAGCGUUCCAAGUCUCGGGACAGAGACAGAGACAGAAGACGAAAGUCUCGUUCCAGGUCGAGAGACAGGCGUCGACGCAGUAAAUCCCGAGACAAUCAACGAGGCAGGCGCGAAAACAACAGAAGAUCGAGGAGUCGCUCCCGUGACAGGAGGAAGGACAGAGGUUUGAGUCCAUUCCAGAGAAAAGGCGGGGAAGACAUGAGCACUGAGGAGAGAGAUCUGCGAACCGUUUUCUGCAUGCAGCUCAGCCAGAGGAUUCGCGCUCGUGACCUCGAGGACUUCUUCAGCGCCGUCGGAAAAGUGCGUGACGUUCGUAUGAUAGUCGAUAACAAAACCCGAAAGAGCAAGGGAAUCGCCUACGUUGAAUUUUUCGACCUCGAAUCCGUGCCUCUAGCCAUGGGACUCAACGGUCAAAAGCUAUUCGGCGUCCCUAUCAUUGUCCAACCGACACAGGCCGAGAGGAACCGUCAAGCGAACCAGACGGCUGCUUCGACGAAGGGUCCGAUGAGGCUCUACGUCGGUAGUUUGCACUUUGACAUUUCAGAGCAGAUGCUCAAAGAGAUCUUCGAACCAUUCGGAAGACUGGAUCGCGUCGAGCUGAUCAAAGAAGACACCGGAAAAUCUAAAGGAUACGGAUUCGUAACGUUCCACGAGGCGGACGCCGCAAAAAAGGCCAUGGAGCAGCUGAACGGUUUCGAGCUCGCCGGACGCCCCAUGAAGGUCGGGAACGUUACUGAAAGAGGUAUGGACGGCAGCGCGCCUUCGAUUCUCGAUAACGAGGAGCUCGAUAGAACCGGUAUAGAGCUCGGAGCUCACGGUCGCCUCGCAUUGAUGGCUAAACUCGCUGAGGGAACCGGGAUUCAGCUCCCCGACGCGGCCAAGACCGCUCUGCAACAAAUGCAAUCCGCUCCGUCUUUCGGUCAAACGAACAACGCCCAGCAGGAAUCUAUAGCUACUCAGUGUUUCCUCCUGAGCAACAUGUUCGACGCGGCCGAAGCUCACCAAGAAAAAGACUGGGACCUCGAACUUCGCGAGGACGUUCUACAAGAAUGUCGUAAACACGGCGGAGCCGUACACUGCUUCGUAGACAAGGAAGCAGCCAACGUCUACGUGAAAUGCCCAUCGAUCGCUACGGCGGUGGCCGCGGUCGGCGUUCUGCACGGGAGAUUCUUCGCGGGUCGCGUGAUCACCGCCGCUUACGUGCCCGUCAUGACGUACCAUCAACUUUUCCCCGAUGCAGUCAGUGCGAAGACCCUCCUGUGAGAGGGAACGCGUGAAUCGUCCAGUUGUUAUGCUUCGUCGUCGUAGCCGCUGUCUUCAUUGAGGUUAGAGUCCGAACAGCCUGAGACAUCCAUUUUGGAGUCGAGAGCUGAAGGAAGAACUCAGUUUAGACUCGACGAAGUGAGCCCUGAAAUAUACCGAAAAUACAUACAUGGGACGACUAUACGUGGGAGAGAGACUCCGGAUAGACAGACUUACAUCUGUACAUGCGUCUAAGGAUUCGCCAUACUAAUAACUACAUUUAAGCAAACUCGAUUGAGAAGAGUGUCAGGCAUACGAUAUGUAAUCACAGUAUAGUUUACAGAGUAGUGGGCAAGCUUGCUUUGCUUGAGUACCUUAUUAUCAUCAGGGCGGUUCGUCAUCGUCCGAACAACCAGCAGAUAGCCACUGAGACUCACGGCUCUCCGAACUCGAGCUUCACCAAGGAAGGCUUGGAAAACAAAAGUUAUCUCUCCUCGUUUCCGUUGAACAUUUUCCCCCGGAAAUUUCUAUGUAGACAGCAACUCGUCCAUAAAGUGAGUCCCUUGCAGACUUGGUCAUCUUCGUUGAUUGAGAAGAAGAAGAGAAUUCAGGGGAGCCACGGCAUCAUUCGAUCCAUAAUCAGUCAAUCACUCAGUCACGCGCGCACGCACGCACGCCCCCACGUGCUCGCUCGUUCGCUCGCACGUCACUCACGGUGGUGAUGACGUUUACGACGACGGCCCCAUCCUUGAUGAUCGCUUGGUCGGUCGGUCGACCGAUCGAUUGAAUGAUUGAUUACGUGGAACACCAAAGUUUCAUCAAUCCGCUCGCUCAAGUGUAAGAAUAAACGAUGCGUUUCCCACUAUAUUAGUAAGGA